UGCGCAUGCGCCAGAGUUGUUUAUUUACAUAACAGUGUCCUUGUGAGCUGCGAGCUAGCUGAGGUUCGACUGACACCGACGGGACCCUAAAACAGCUUAAGUUACCUUUCCGGGUAAAUUAUGUCUGUAAAACACGCCAUUAGCCGAGGGCUAGAGUUGGGCCGGUCCGUCUUUCAGGUGGGUCUCCUGAAAUCCGGCGGCCGAGUCGCAGCAAAGCUCCGAGCUGACCGCUUCCGUGUAGGCCCGUCGGUCCGCACCGUUCAGCCUCAGGCUUUCCUGCCGUCUCGAUACCGCUAUUACCGCACCACCCUGAAGGGCCUGGCAGCCCAGCUUCAGUCCGCUGGCUUCAGGAGGAGGUUCACUGGCGGGUCCCCUCGGAACAGGGCCGUGUUUUUGGCUUUCGGCCUCGGCGUAGGGCUUAUUGAACAACAGCUUGAGGAUGACAGAAAGAGUGCAGCAACAUGCCAGGAGAUCCAGGCUGUAUUUAGGAAGAAACGAUUCCAGGGCCCACCCAAGCCAUUCCUCUCUGGAUACAAACUGGAGGACUACAUCAUAGGGAACCAGAUUGGGAAAGGCUCCAAUGCAGCUGUCUACGAGGCUGCAGCUCAGUUUGCCCCGCCAAAGGAGAGUGACAGAAAGUGCUCUCUGGUGCAGAUGAGAGAAGAUGAAGUAGAACAGGAGACUUGUCGAUCUCUGACCUGCUGCUCACUGAGAAACUUCCCUUUGGCUCUCAAGAUGAUGUGGAACUUUGGGGCAGGGUCAUCAAGUGAGGCAAUAUUAAAGUCCAUGUCACAGGAGCUGGUGCCUGCAAGUCCACUUGCUCUAAAGCAGGAAAAAGAACAAAUUACUCUUGAUGGGCAUUUUGGAGUCCUGUCCAAAAGAGUGUCAGCUCACCCUAAUGUGAUUAGAGUGUACCGGGCCUUCACCGCAGACGUCCCAUUGCUACCAGGUGCCCAGGAAGAGUAUCCAGAUGUGCUGCCAGCCCGGCUCAACCCUGAUGGCCUGGGCAACAAUCGAACUCUUUUCCUGGUCAUGAAGAAUUAUCCCUGCACGCUGCGGCAGUACCUGCAGGUGUCCACGCCAAGCCGCAGGGAGAGCUCUCUGAUGGUGCUGCAGCUCCUCGAGGGUGUCGACCAUCUCUGCAGACAGGGCGUCGCUCACAGGGAUCUCAAAUCAGACAACGUGCUGCUGGAGUUUGACUCGGAUGGUUGCCCCCGUUUAGUGAUCACUGACUUUGGCUGCUGCCUGGCCCAGGGUGACUCUAGUCUGCAGCUGCCCUUCAACACUGUGUGGGUCAGCAAAGGAGGGAAUGCCUCACUUAUGGCUCCUGAGGUGGCCAGUGCAGUUCCAGGACAUGGUGUGGUGAUCAACUACAGUAAGGCAGAUGCCUGGGCUGUGGGCACCAUCUCCUAUGAAAUAUUCGGACAGCAGAACCCGUUCUAUCGAGCAGUGGGACUGGAGAGCAGGAAUUAUCAGGAGAAGCAGCUCCCUCCGCUUCCCUCCACUGUUCCGGCUGAUGUGCAGUUGGUGAUACAAUUACUGCUCAGGAGGAACCCAAACAAGCGCCCCAGUGCCCGUGUGGCAGCCGACAUGCUACAUCUGAGCCUGUGGGGCCGGAGGGCCCUGGCUAACCAGGACAGCGCUGGCAUGAGGAAGCUGGCCGAGUGGUUGCUGUGCCAGUCUGCUGUUGUACUCCUGAAAGGCUGCAGUGGACCGAGUGGGAACAGGGUGGAGGCGGAGCUUCAGAGGAGUUUCCUGUCUAACCUGGACCUGGAGGACCUGCGCACCGCUGUAGGCUUCCUCGUCUACGGGCGAGAGCAGCGCCAGGCUUACAUACUGUCUGCAUAGAUUCACUCAAACGCAUAGCUUGGUAUGUUUUAACUGAGGGCCUUGAGUUAAAGCUUGCUUUUAUUUAUUACCUAUAUUUGAUUUUUUUCUAGUCUUUGCCAUAACAUCUGAUGGCUAUGUAGGGGAGCAAAGGACAGUCCUCUCACACACUUAAUCAUCCAUGACUGACAGUGUUGUGAAUUAUCAAAUGGUAUAAUCCAUCCUUUUGAUGUGUCUGCCUCUUCAAAUCUGUGUUGCCUAACGCAGCCGCUGAUCUGGCGCUUCCUGAAGAUGUUCUCAUAAAUGUGUGAAAUAGUUUCACUCAGCAUCACUACAUCACUACAGUAUCAACGGGAAUGUCACUUAUGGAGAAAGCAGCAUGUAUUGUGAGUAAUGUUGCUGGAGAAAUAACCUCGUUAUCCCUGUUUAAAUUAAAAUCUUUUGUCAGCAUCUAAAAUUAGACAGAAAGUGCCAAUGGCAACGCGUCAUUCUGUGAUGACACUACGGUUUUACAACUUCUCCACAGCGAAGACAAAUGUGACUGUUUUAAAUCAAAGUAAAACCAUAUAUUAUACUCAUUAGACUCUACUGUGUAGGGCUGCACAAAAUCUUUAUUAAAGAUUAUUUAUCCAAUAUCUGUGCAAGGUAAAUAAACUCAAAGGUUGGUUUAUGCAGAAGUCACAAUGUCCAGGCAGAGUACUGGUGAUGUGGUUUUGUUCUUGUUUGCACUUUAUGUCCCUGUUUGCACUUUAUCACAGCUAAUGUUUUGGUUUACUGGGGUCUGUUAGUUGCGAGCUUCAGUAUGAUACUCACUAUAACAUGGUAAAUAUGAAAAAUGAACCCUUCUUACUUCAAUAUGAUUUAUCAUCAAAACUAGUCAGUUACGAUACAAAUUGUAUGAAUAGUUAAGAAUGCAGGAUAAAGAGUGUGUAAAUGGUUUCAUACUAAAGACUGUCAGAAAUAUUUUGGAUAUGUGUAGAUUUUUCUGCUGUGUUUCAGAAUAAAAGCAUUUUGAAAAGCG